UCAAUACAAGUAAUUCUGUCGCAAAUUGUGAAGAAAAAUGAAUCAGAAGUUAUUUAUAAAACAUAAUUAGAAAUAAAACAAAUUAGUAACUGUGUAGUGCGGCAAAAAUGUCGAAAACAGUGUUGAAUUUGACUGACACAGUGUAUUUCGGAAUCCGAGAUCAGUGGUACAAAUUGAAGUCAUAUACGCGGACUGGCACAGAUGGCGCCGGAGACUCAGGGACCCUGGACAUGGGCAGCCGGUCCUCACUCCAUACCGGCCUUAACAUGUCAGAAGACGAGCAUUGGGAGAUGAACUACCAUGAGGCUGCCAUUUAUCUAGAGGAAGGUUUAAACAAUGAAAAAUUCGACUCGCACCCGUCGAGUCCGGAAGAGUUGCCGGCGUACCUGAGAGUCCACAACCCCUGGUAUCAUGGACUGGACCUACUGGCUUCCUUAGUGCUUAUACUCCUAGCUUUUACUGAAGAUCCCGCUGUGCCUACUUUUGAGUUACCAGUAUGGGCGCACGGCACGAUAGAGCUAUUAGCGUUGACAAUAAUUGGCGUGGAACUGCAUCUGAAGCUCAAGUGGAUCGGCUGGGGGACCAUACUCAAACACAAGAGGACUAUGAUUAAGGGAAUAACAUUACUAAUAAUGUUGCUGGAAGCAGUGGUGGUGCUCUGCCGACAAUCCUCCCACUUCCGAGUGACGAGGGCGCUGCGCCCCAUCUUCUUGGUGGACACCAGGCAUUGCGGCGGAGUCAGGAGGUUCAUCAGACAGAUCCUGCAGUCAUUACCACCGAUUAUUGAUAUGUUAGGGUUACUCAUGUUCUUCGUGGCAACAUACUCUCUGCUGGGCUACUAUCUGUUCUCGGAACACGUUGACAACGGACAUUUUCAGACAAUAAGCGAUUCUUUCGUUAGCAUGUUUGUUUUAUUGACGACUGCCAAUUUCCCCGACGUCAUGAUGCCAUCGUACGCCAAAUCUAAAUGGUAUGCAGUGUUCUUUAUACUGUACAUCAUCACAGUCCUCUACGUGCUUAUGAAUUUGAUGUUAGCCGUAGUAUACGAGACGUUCACCCGCAUCGAGCGCGAGAAGUGCCGCGCGCUGCUGCUGCACCGCCGCCGCGCCGCCCGCCACGCCUUCCGCCUGCUCGUGUCGAGGCGGGCGCCGCAUGCCGUCAGGCUCAGGCACUUCGCCGGCCUCAUGAGGCAUUAUGCGCCGCAUUAUAGUGGUCUAGACGUGUACCUGAUGUUCAAGCAGCUGAACCAGUCCUCAUCGGGAGGCCUCUCCCGGGCGGAGUUCGCGAACCUGUACGAGGUGUUCGCGCUGCGCUGGGCGGGGCAGCAGUCGCGGGCGCCGUGGUACUCGCAGUCGCCGCUGGAGCCGCUCGGCAGGGCGGCCGCGGCUGCGGUCAGGUGGCCUUACUUCGAGUAUUUGAUUUAUGCACUUAUAAUUGGUAACGGAGUAGCGAUGGUGCUCCGAGUAUGUGAGGCGGCGGGAGACCUGCAGGACAGUGCUCGACUUCUCUGCGCAUCCUGGGACACCUGGUUGUUCCUGACAUUGUUCCUCCUAGAAGCAGCCCUGCGCAUGAUGGCGUCCGGGCUGGCGGUGUACCUGGAGAGCGGGUGGAACGUGUUCGACCUGAGCGUGACGCUGCUGGCGCUGAUGGGCGCCGUACUGCUCAGUAUCGCGCCCAAGCUGUUCAUUGUCGUUAUAUUUAGGCCUUUGAGGUUAAUGCGUCUGUACAAACUGAAGAAGCGUUACCGUGACGUGUUCGGCACGCUGGUGCUGCUGUCUCCGCUGAUGUCCUCAGCCGGCUGCGUCAUGCUGGUCAUGUACUACUUCUUCGCCAUUAUCGGCAUGGAGCUUUUCGCUGGUUAUGAUCUUAGGAACUGCUGUGUCAACACGACAGUAGAGGACUUCUACAAGUAUUCCCUGAACGGUUCGACGGCGCUCGGCUACUAUUACUUGAACAACUUCGAGAACAUCGUGACGAGCGGCGUGACACUGUUCGAGCUGACCGUCGUCAACAACUGGUUCAUUCUCAUGAACGCGUACGCCACGGUAGCCGGACAGUUCAGCAGGAUUUAUUUUAUGGUAUUUUACCUAUUCACGAUGGUGGUACUGACUAUCGUGGUAGCGAGCGUGCUGGAGGCCUUCAGAUUCAGGAUACAGUACAAACGCAGCACCACUAAAAGAGACGAGGAGAAACUUCUGCAUGAAGAGGUGCACACAAGUUGGGAGGAGGCACAGAGGUUGGGAGCCAAUGGGGACCUGGCUGAUGAGCUCAGGCCCAACCUACCACCUGGGGUGGAAGUAACAUUUAUCGGGUCUCGUCCGCGUACGAAGGAGGUGCUGCAAAGGAGAAUGUACCAGACUGACAUACAGAAGUGGCUUGCAGAAGAAGACGAGAAUGAAGGAGUACCACCUUCAACAACAAUUACAUCAAGCGAGGACCCCCUCGCUCCUCCCCUCAUCCACCAGCCCGACAGCGAGAACAACCACCAGAUGCGAACCGGCUACCAGUUGUAGAACAUAAUACAAUUAGCGCUGUACCACAGGCUAAUGUUCAUCUGGGACGCACUCAAGAGCUUAUGAUGGGCCAUCUGAGGAUGGGCCCUCAGCUGGCUGCAGGCCUGACCAGGGAACCGUGGAAAUACAUAACUGCUGGGUACGUGCUUAACACUGGCUGGAACUUUUGUUUGAAGGAAUUGACAUUUAAACAUUUGACGUUUAUGAAGUGAUUUGUUUGUGAACGUAUCCGAACUAUUCCAUAGAUUCAUAGAAUUUAAUUUAACAGGAUUCUGUGUAACAUGGAAUAUGAAUCAAUUCCAUUUUAAUGUUAAUUAAUCGAUUAAGAGAUGAUUUCCAUGUUUAUGUGUAUUACUCAAAAUUGUUAUUUAAUUAAGAAUCUUCUCGUAGGAAAUACGUACCUUAUUGUUAAAGUUAGAUGAAACCCUAACCCGCCAGCUAUUAUAAACUAAUACUCUGCCAGUAGGACAUUAUUACCGAGUAGUAUGAAUGUAUACUAAGUUAAUGAUAAUAGGUAUAUUCUGAGAGUUAGCUUAACAUCUGUGAUAGAAUUUUAUGGAAUUAAUUAUGAGGGUGUAAAUCGACUGUACAGACAGAAAUGUGUGAGUAGACGUACUAGACUUUUGAUUUAGUUUAGAGGACUUUCUAGAAGUUUGUAACAUUAUACGUAUUUGUAUUAAUACCGAAUGUUUAUUUAUCAGAAAUGGCAGCUUUUAAUAAUUGCUUCUCAUUCGCAAAUAAUGUGUGAGAGUGAAAUGAAAUAACAGUCGAGCCAUAGACAACAUAUAGAUCAAUUGCUACCGUUAGGCAGAAUUAGGCCAAUAAGUGUAUUUUUUUUAUUAUUUUUGGGUUGUGUUUAAUUUUUAGUUGUAUCCGCUUGAAUAAGUUUACUAAAAUGUACAAUCUACAAGAGUACACGUUACAUAAGUUGUCUUCUAAGUCUACCGAGUUGAUUAUAAGUUCAAUUUUGUACUAACACAGUUAGCAGGUAAUUUAAAAUGGGACAGUAUGGAAACUUAUUAGGCAUAAACUAUUUGGGAGAAAAUGUCUUCGAGGAUAGAUUGAACUAUCUUUACUUCCAUAGAUACCUACAAGGACUAACUAUCCUAUUUUAAAUUGCCCUGUACAUAGAAUAGUCAUGUUUGAAUGCGAUGACUGUUUAAUAAUAUUAAAGUGAAGUCGACAAUUGAUUGAUAUUAUGAAUAAAACGCCUUCGUAGGUUAGGUAGAAUUGUAAUCGAAUAGCUCUUGAAGUCAUAACUGAAUAUUAAAACCAUAGAGAACCUAAUCUUGAAGUGUGAUGUUUCUUAAAAUAAUUAUUAUGAAUUAGAACGCUUUUAAUGAUAGUAUCAAAAUGGGCAAUUAAAAAGAGAGUAUACAUUAAUUGAGUUAUUUACAUUUCUAUUUCUUACUGUACAGUAUUAAAAGUGAGUCUUCACCGAUAGGUUUUGCCAAAGAGGUCUAAGCCAUUUUUUUUUAUUUGCCAUUAAGUACGCACUUGAACAAAUUAAGUUACAGCUACUUACAUUAAUUAAGUAUGAACAGCUUCCAAAAUCUCCCUAGGUAGUUCUUAAUGAUUUUUAAUUAAAAUAUCCCGAACAUCCAGGCACCGAGGGCGCUACGCGCUACGAGUUUUUUUUAGAAAGCACUUUUUUACAGUUUACAGGAACUUAAUUAAAUUAACGUAAUAUCUAAUGGCGCUACAUGAUACAUAUUUGGCUUAACUAUACGAAUAUUUUGUAGGUAGAUAUGUAAAAUCUUCGAAAACAUUUCAACUUUGUUUUGAAAAUCAAUUUCAAAAGGACUUCAUUUUAGGCAACAUGCUGCGCUAUUUAAGAAAAUAUGUACAUAAAAUAAAUAGACAAAUAGUCAUUUAAUGUGAUAACUAAAUAUGGACCAUAAAUCGAAUUAUUUACAUGCUUUACCUUAUUUAUUUAAUUUAACUUUUAACCAAAUAUUUUUUGUGAUUCUUUUAUUUGGCUGCUCAGUAUUAACUUUUUGAAAUUUUAUUGAAAUACAACAAUAUGUAUUUGUUUUAGAUGUAUAAAAUGUUUCAUUUUAAUAUAUUAUUUAUAGUUUAAGUAAAAAAUAAGUUUAAAACUAUUCGUUUUUUUUAUAACGUGUCAAUGAACCUAUCUAAUUUUCACAAUAUUUUGAUACAAACUUGAGAAUAGAGGUAUGUAGAUAGAGCCUAUAGCUUAGAACUCAUUAAUAGAUAAUUUCCCUUUUAAUAGGUGUAGGUAGGUUUGCCUAAAACAGAGGAGACACGAUACAAAAUGGUGCUUGUGUGUGUAUGUUGAAUUUCCAAAUAUCGGUAGUCAAUUCAUAAUUUUCAUUUACACGCAAAAAAAAUUUUUACCGUAACCAUAUUUAAGUUUGAAGAGCUAUGUUAUGAGAGUCUCACCAUCUUAUCUCAUCCCUUUGGAUAAUCCUAUUUUCAAACUAAUCUAUAUAAAUAAAAAUGAAUUGUUGUUCGUUAGUCUGAUUAAAACUCGAGUAAACUGAUUUUGGUUUUAAAAUGUUUGUAGAGGUCCAGGGAAGGUUUGCACGAUACGAAGUUCGCGGGAUCAGCUAGUUAAAAAUAAAUAUCAGUCCCAUUGCUGAACAUUUUGCCAUAUUUUCCACCAUAAAGCCACAUAAAUGUUUUUUUACAUAGAUACCUUUAUAAGUUAUUUUUAGUUCAAGAGUUGCAGUGAUUAAAAGGUAGUCAAAAGUCUAAAGACUGGCAAAUCGAACUUAUAGAAAUUGUCAGUCUAUAAAGGUGAAUAGUAUGUACACUAGUCGAAUAAAUCAUGAUAACUUAUUAAUAAUAACAGACGUAUUUAUGUAGUUCCUCAUUGGGUGAAUUGAAAAUAGUAUUCAGGAUUCGCUAAAAAUACUUUCUGCUUAAGGCAUAUUUUUUCUUCCAUUCCAUAUUACUCCAGGUUAGUUAUUUGAUUCACGUUUUUUUUUGGAUAAGGAUUAAUUUUUGUCUUCCAUAUUUUUUUCAAUUACAUAUAUCGUUACUACAAUCCACUUUUAUAAAUAGAUUGUCGUUCAUGUUUAGAAAGUAGGUUCAUCAUAAACCCUGAGAAAUAAGUUGUAGUCCUAAUCCCCCAGACAAUAAGGUUCAAUUUUGCCAGCAGUAUUAAUCGAAUGAGUUCGAAACGCAGGCUUUAGAUAUAUUGUUUAGAACUCACUUUGUUGACAUGCAAAUGUAGCGAAUAGAGGAAUAAUUCGUGUUAAUUUAAUAAAUGCACUUUUGAGUACA